CGUAAAUUAAAAUUAGGGUUCGCGAGCCCAAGUUGAAGCCUUUGCGGUACGCUCCCCCGUUUCUUCCGUUCCGCUUCUUCAGUCCUCGCGCAUUGCAUCUUUUCCUGUUUGUCUCGGACCAAUCCCGCCCAUGCCUGUGCUUCUCUGUGCGAUCUCGACCUUCGGUUGAUCCGUUCGCGGAGCCAUGACGUACCAGGCUCGCAAUGCCGAUACCGGCCUGAUCCUCGGCGCGAAGCUGGGGGAUGGCCGGGCGAAUGGCGAUUAUGUGAGGCUGGGUGGUGGAGAGCCCGUCGGGUUUGUGGCGGAGCUUCCCGAUUCCGGUCCUAGGAUAUGGAAUUCGCUCGGGCGGUGGGUGAAGGUGGCUCUCUGCAUUUGCUUGUUUGCUGCGACUGUGCCGCUCGUCGUCUUCGCCGGCCCUUGGAUUCUCAAAAAGGUGGUUAUUCCUGUUUUGGACUGGGAAAUGGCAUCCUUUAGCAGACUAACACUUGCUCUAUUACUUUUUGCUACAAUCGCAUUGUUUCCAACUCUUCUGUUGCCCUCAUCACCCUCUAUGUGGUUAGCAGGGACGACAUUCGGUUAUGGUUAUGGUUUUCUGCUGAUUAUGUCUGGGAUGAUAAUAGGCAUGUCAUUGCCUUUUAUUAUUGGUUCAUUAUUCCAUCACCAAAUACACAAAUGGUUAGAGAAAUGGCCCAAGAAAGCAUCUUUUGUAAGAUUAGCUGGUGAAGGAGAUUGGUUUCACCAGUUCCAAUCUGUCAUCUUGAUCAGGGUCUCUCCAUUUCCAUAUAUAAUUUUCAAUUACGCUGCAGUUGCUACCAAUGUUAGAUAUGGUCCAUAUAUCUCAGGUUCAAUGGUAGGAACCAUGCAUGAGAUCUUUAUUGCAAUUUACAGUGGGAGGCUAUUUCAAAGCUUAGCAGAUGCAACUGAUGAUGGCGGUUUCUUUUCUUUGGAACAGAUUAUCUACAAUAUAGUUGGCUUUUCCAUUACUGCCGGUGCCACUGCAGCUAUUACCAUCUACGCUAAGCGAACUCUUCAAACUCUUCGAGUGGAGGAUGAGCUUAGCUAGAAUAGAACAGUUUGCUAAAAGAUACUCAAAACUGCUGAUCACAUUCAGUUUGAGGUUUGUUGUGUAUUUAUGACCAGUUGUGAGUUCUGAAAUACAGGUUUCCUGGUUGGAGCUAUUCCAUACUAAGCUCGACUACGGGAAGAUACAUACAGAGUUGCAAGUUAUUAGUAGUGCAUUUUCUCAAUCACAUUCUUUUGUAAAUGUCAGAAGCUUUUGUUGUAUCUACGAUCGCUAAGGACUAAAUGUCCCAAUGGGAGGGAUGUAUACUUGGAAUUGUUUGUAGGAGCAAGUUCUUUUAGGAUUUUUGUUGUUUCA